UCAAAUGUAAUUUGAACAAGAAGUUUAUAGUCCCUUACCUUAAUGACCCAUCUCUUUUGGAAGCAAACCUUCGUGGUCUCGAUAAACCUCCACCAAGCUAUCAUAUAGAAGAAACACAUUGGAAAGAAUUUUUCAAGAGAAGGACAUCCAAAGAGUUUCAAGAUUUUAGAAAAUUACAACAAGAAAGGCGUAAUCAUUUACAAUACCCUCAUAGGACUUCACGCCAUAGCUAUACUGAAUUGGAAGCUGAUUUACAAGCUAAGUGGGGCACAACAGAGCAAAUAGAUCGAUCUAUACUCUGGAAGGAGGCCAGCAAAUAUUCUUCUGGCAACUAUGUCAUCGAGCGUGACAAGGUCAAGGGAGAGGCCAUCACAUGCUUGAGCAAAGAAAAGAGGGCAAACUGAUUGAAAUCGGAACAAAUGACAUCCUAACACAAGUGUUAGGUACUGCUGAGCACCCCGGUCGAGUUCGAGGCCAGAGUCGAGGUGUCACACAAAAAGACUACUUUCAUAAGCCUAUUGGGGGGGGGGGUCUAAGAGGCUUGCAGAAAAAAUAAAUUGAGUUCGAAUGACAAUCCAACAUACGACAUAGGGAAGAGAUUGAAAAGUUGAAAGAAUCGUUCAUGUCCAAGCUUGAAGAAUUAUCAACCAAGAUGGCACAUAUGCAAGCUAACUUUGGUAGUCAUUCUAGCUUUGGCAGCCAUUCUAGAGUCAAUAAAAUAGAAGUUGAGGCACCAAUUGACACUGCUCCAGAAGUUGAGGCACCGAUGGACACUACUCCAGAUUUUGAGGCACCAAUUGACACUACUCCAGAAGUUGAGGUACUGAUGGACAAUACUCCAGGAAUUGAGGCACCUGUUGACACUAGUACUUUGUAUGAGACACCUACACCUUCACCUUCUAUUCAUCCUGAGCCACUAAAGAAAGAUGUUAAGUGCAAAUUAUACAUUGGGCAAGGUUGUGAUGUUGUGGCUCUUGGUUGGGUGGUGGCUACCAAAGGCAAUGUACAUGGGAAAAGUUUAGCACCUGGUAACUAUCGCGUGGUUGUUGAUAGAUGUCUAGAUGGGAGUGCAAAACUACCUGUCUCAGUUGGGGAUGAGAUGACUCUUGUAGUUCAUGCGGUCAACAGUUAUGUUGCUUGGCCAUCGCAUCUGAUCAUUACUUAUGAUCAUGAACAGGAACCUAAGAGACUAAAGAGAAAGAGGAUUUCAGCAGCUUGUCCGCCAACACAAGACCUAAAACAUCCUCCACAACAUCUUCCCACUACUCAAGAAGAGGCAGGAUCAAGUAUGGCUAGUAAGUCGCCGAUUAUCUUCAAGGUUCUCACUGGACUUCCGAUGUUUUUGAAGAUACUUCUAGGUUCAGUUAAGUACGUAGAACCAGGAUUCAUGAUUGACAUUGUUAUGGAGACCAAUAUUAUGGGCGAACAAUAUACCUUAUAUAUCUCAAAUGAGGAUAUAGUACACUUUGGACUUAUGGAAGAAAUCGGCGUGUCUUGCGUUUCAUUCUAUAUCAGGUAA